CACAAAUACACACAGAACAGAUGGGAGAUUGCUCGACACUGAGGGAAACCCCCAGAUAGAAUGCCGUUGCCACGUCUGACAGUCGCUCUACGUGCGUAUUCUAAAGUCACAGCUGAGAGUUCACGAGAUGGAGUAAGCGAGGAUGACAUCGGCCUGAAGGACAAGCAACGUCUACGAGCUGACAGACAGGCUGGGCUAGGGUUGACAUGGGCUAGGCUAUCCAUUGAGGUUCAAAAACAGAGUGGUCAUCAUAAGAUAGAGGCGUCCACCAAGCUAAGAGAAUUAAUCCACACCACAAGAGAAAUAGUCGGCAGUGAUGCACCGACGGGUCUCGUCGAGUCCACGGCAGUCUUUCUCUUCACAAAGCUCAAAGACUGCGAAGAGUUCACCUACAACGAAGCCAGUCAGUUGCAUUCGACUAUCGGACCCUUCCCAAACACCGACGGUGAAGACGCUCAUAGGACCAUACAGUCGCUGGUGAAGCUGCUUCCACCGGGAGUUCUUGAAAAUGUCGAGAAGCUUCAGAAACUGGAGGAGUCUGAGGAAUUCGGAAGACACAUCCAUUUCUCACAUGAGCCGAGGAGUCUUGAGUUUGCGGAGGGCAGCUCUGCAUCGGAGGAUGAUGAAUACGAGCCGGUUCUUAAAUUUGGCUAUGACGCAACAGCGCCCUCACAGUCCACAGCAUUCAACAAGCAGGCCAAGAGCGCCUCCAGUGCCAACGCAAAGGCCACGAGUCUGGGGUGGCUGAAGAAGCAGGUAGAGGGCCAGUAUGGCAUGGGGAGCAGCCCUCUUGGGAUGAGCGUCGACAGCCUCUGCUCUAAACUCCUCGGAGAUCUGACGUCCGGGAAGUCCAACGAUGAACUGCAGAAUCAGUUGUUUGAGCUGCUGGGAUUUGAAUGCUUCGAGCUGAUUGAGCAGUUGUUGACAAAUCGGACUAAGCUUGUUCAAGCUGCCAGUCACAAUCAGAUGUCACAGAUUAUAACAGAUGGAAAGAGAGAGAGGCAGGCCAGGCCUGUGUACGGCUGUCAAGUUGUCAUACAGUCAGAGCAAGAGAAAGAAUUGAACAAGCAGAUCCGAAGGGAGGAGAAGAAAUUUGCCAGACAGGAAGCUCGGAGUGGCUCAGGUCAAGGGUCAGCGGAAGAGCCUUUCUUUGAUCCACAGUAUCUUAGGAUGCAACGGGAGCGCUCAUUGAUUGAUGCAAGCAUAGCCCCGAUAUUGACCAAGCGUACUUCAGGUGCACCCAAAGCAUGUUACCCCAAUGUGUAUGAUGCGUUGGCUGAAGCUCAGAAGUCUUCUGCUUUCGUAGGUGGAGGAAAGAUCAUGCUGCCUGAGGGAUUUGAACGCAAGAACGUGAAGAUGUAUGAAGAGGUGACGAUACCCCCAUCUCAGCCAGCCCCUACAGGGAUCGGCAAACACCGUAUACCAAUCUCGGAACUAGAUGAAAUUGGUCAGGUAGCCUUCCAGGGAACCCGUCAUUUGAACCGGAUCCAGUCGCUUGUUUUUGAAACGGCGUACUACAGUAACGAGAACUUACUGAUAUGCGCACCAACCGGUGCCGGUAAGACCAAUAUUGCCAUGUUGACCAUCCUGCAUGAGGUGAAGCAGCAUAUACAGCAGGGAGUCAUCAAGAAAGAUGAAUUCAAGAUAAUCUACGUUGCUCCAAUGAAGGCCCUAGCGGCUGAAAUGGUCCGGAACUUUGGUGGUCGUCUCUCUCCUUUGGGUAUCUCUGUCAAGGAACUCACUGGUGAUAUGCAACUCACUAAGUCAGAGAUCGCAAAAACACAGAUGCUGGUGACGACGCCUGAGAAGUGGGACGUAGUGACAAGGAAGAGUACAGGAGACAUAGCCCUGACUCAGCUAGUAAAACUUCUCAUCAUUGAUGAGGUACAUCUCCUUCAUGAGGAUAGAGGAGCUGUCAUUGAAAGCCUGGUGGCAAGGACGCUUCGACAGGUGGAAUCAUCUCAAAGUAUGAUCCGCAUCGUUGGUCUCUCGGCAACCCUCCCUAACUACAUGGACGUGGCUCGCUUCCUGAACGUCAACCCCUACAUCGGCUUGUUCUUCUUCGACGGGCGGUUUAGACCGGUUCCCUUGGGGCAGACGUACAUCGGUGUGAAGGCCAACAAUAUGAUGCAGCAACGAAUGGACAUGGACAUUGUGUGCUAUGAGAAAGUACGAGAGAUGGUCAACAAAGGACAUCAGGUGAUGGUGUUUGUUCAUGCUCGCAAUGCCACAGUCAAGACGGCCCAGACUCUUAGAGACAUCGCCAAAUCAGAAGGAGACAGCUUGAUGUUUAGAGCCGCCCAGUCACCUGCCUAUGGAAGUGCAGAGAAACAGGUAAACAAAUCUCGCAACAAGCAGGUUCGAGAGCUGUUCCCCGAUGGGUUCUCAACUCACCACGCCGGUAUGCUGCGUCAAGAUCGGACAAUGGUGGAGCGAUGCUUCAGGGAUGGACACAUCAAGGUCAUGGUGUGUACAGCAACAUUGGCGUGGGGUGUCAAUCUGCCUGCACACGCUGUCAUUAUCAAGGGAACCCAAAUUUACGAUGCCAACAAGGGUGCUUUCAAAGACCUAGGCAUCCUGGACGUGAUGCAGAUCUUUGGGCGUGCGGGUCGUCCGCAGUACGACGACUACGGAGAGGGGUUCAUCAUCACCACCCACGAUAAGCUGUCUCACUACCUGGGUCUGAUGACCAGACAGAAUCCCAUUGAGAGUCAGUUCAUUGAGAGUCUGGCUGACAACCUCAAUGCAGAGAUUGCUCUUGGCACAGUCAGUAACGUUGAUGAAGGUGUACGAUGGUUGAGUUAUACUUACCUCUAUGUCCGGAUGCAUCUAAACCCGCUGGUGUAUGGUCUCAACUAUAAGAUGACCGAGAAUGAUCCCGGUCUGGAGAAGUACCGCACCGAAUUGAUCACCAGCUCGGCUCGUUCCUUAGACAAAGCCCACAUGAUACGCUUCAAUGAGUCAACGGGAGAUUUCAACUCCACCGAUCUCGGUCGCAUCGCCAGUCACUUCUACAUUAAGUACGCCACUAUCGAGACGUUUAAUGAACUGCUCAAGUCCACCAUGACGGAGGCGGGUGUGUUUAGUAUGGUGUCGCAGGCGCAAGAGUUCCAGCAAAUUAAGGUUCGAGAGGACGAGAUAAAGGAGCUUGAUCAACACCUUAUGGAUAACUGCAAUCUGCCGGCGUCUGGCGGUGUAGAGAACGCUCACGGGAAGGUCAACGUACUACUCCAGACGUACAUCUCUCGGGGCUUUGUGGACAGCUUCUCUCUGGUGUCUGACUUGGCCUACGUGGCUCAGAACUCUGCUAGGAUCAUCCGUGCCUUGUUUGAGAUCACUCUGCGCAAAGGUUGGCCCCUCAUGGCCGCCCACCUUCUUAUGCUCUCCAAGAUGGUGGAUCGUCGCCUCUGGUCGUUUGAGAACCCUCUACGCCAGUUUCCAACGCUCUCCCAAGAGGUUCACCGCAAGCUGGAGAAUCGUCGCAUGACCAUCGACAAGCUGAGGGAGAUGACAGCCUCCGAAAUAGGUCAUUUACUGCAGCAUGUCAGCAUAGGUGACAAAGUCAAGCAGUGCGUUAACCAGCUUCCUAACAUUGAGCUAGACGCCACCAUCCAACCGAUCACUCGUACCAUCCUACGGGUCCGUCUGACGAUUACGCCAGACUUCAGAUGGAACGAUAGAGUCCACGGGACGGCUUCGGAAUCCUGGUGGAUCUGGGUGGAAGAUCCGGACAAUAAUUACAUCUACCACUCGGAGUACUUCCUGCUUCAUAAAAAACAGGUUUUAUCCAAGGAAGCCCAGUCUCUUAUCUUCACCAUUCCCAUCUUCGAGCCCUUGCCCACUCAGUAUUACAUCAAGGCUGUGUCCGAUAGAUGGCUCGGAUCAGAGACUAUCUUUCCAAUGUCCUUCCAGCAUCUCAUCUUACCCGAGAAGCAUCCACCUCAUACAUCUCUUCUUGAUCUGAUACCGUUACCGAUCACAGCACUCGGCAGACCGGAGUUUGAGGCCUUGUACAAAUUCACUCACUUCAACCCCAUCCAGACCCAGAUAUUUCACACGUUGUACCACACCAAUCACAACGUUCUUCUUGGUGCACCUACUGGAUCAGGAAAGACCAUAGCAGCUGAGAUAGCCAUGUUCAGAGUGUUCAACGAGCAGCCAGGCAUGAAGGUUGUGUAUAUUGCUCCACUGAAAGCUUUAGUCAGAGAGAGAAUUGAUGACUGGAAAGUCCGCCUCCAGGAAAAACUUGGCAAAAGUGUCAUCGAAUUGACGGGAGACGUGAUGCCAGACAUCAGAGCCAUUGGAAAUGCAGAUGUGAUUGUCACCACGCCAGAAAAGUGGGACGGAGUAAGUCGGAGCUGGCAGACGCGGAAGUACGUCAAGGCAGUGUCGUUACUUGUGAUUGACGAGAUACAUUUGUUAGGGGAUGACCGUGGUCCAGUCCUUGAGGUGAUCGUAUCCCGGACUAAUUUUAUCUCUUCACACACUGAGCAGCCACUGAGAGUGAUUGGUCUGUCCACGGCCCUUGCCAACGCCAGGGACCUUGCUGAUUGGCUAGGCAUUAAACAGAAUGGAUUGUUCAACUUCCGUCCAUCUGUCCGGCCAGUACCCCUGGAGGUACACAUUCAAGGAUUCCCCGGCAAGCAUUACUGCCCUCGCAUGGCCACGAUGAACAAACCAACUUUCCAAGCAAUCCGUACCCACUCGCCCACCAAACCAACCCUCAUCUUUGUCUCAUCAAGACGUCAAACAAGGUUGACUGCUCUGGAUCUGAUCGCAUUCCUAGCUGCUGAGGACAACCCUAAGCAAUGGCUGCAUAUAGAGGAAAAACAGAUAGAGAACCUGAUCGGUGCCAUUAAGGAUACCAACCUAAAGCUGUGUCUAGCGUUCGGCAUUGGCAUGCAUCAUGCCGGUCUACAUGAGCGAGACAGACGGACAGUGGAAGAACUGUUUGUCAAUCAGAAGAUACAGCUUUUGAUAGCAACCAGUACCCUAGCCUGGGGAGUCAACUUCCCAGCCCAUCUCGUCAUCAUCAAGGGUACGGAGUUCUUUGACGGCAAAACCAAGAGAUAUGUAGAUUUCCCUAUAACAGAUGUCCUUCAGAUGAUGGGCCGGGCAGGGCGUCCACAGUUUGAUGACCAAGGCACAGCGUGCAUCUUCGUUCAUGACAUCAAGAAACAUUUCUACAAGAAGUUUCUCUACGAACCUUUCCCAGUCGAAUCCAACUUGUUGGAUGUACUGGCAGAGCAUUUGAAUGCUGAGAUAGUGGCUGGCACCAUCUCCUCCAAGCAGGACGCUAUGGAUUAUAUCACAUGGACGUACUUCUUCCGAAGGCUUGUCAUGAACCCAAGCUAUUAUAAGUUGGAAGAGAUAGACCACCUAAGUAUUAACAAGUACCUGUCUUACUUAGUGGAGAAGUCACUGGUAGAGUUGGAGAACUGCUACUGUCUGGAGAUUGCAGAGGACAAUCGUACAAUCGAGGCUCUUACCCUGGGUCGUAUCUGCUCUUUCUACUACCUCCAUCAUCACUCAGUCAGGAUGUUUAGAGAUUGCCUCGGAUCGGACGCCAGUCUAACUGAUCUCAUCACCAUCUUAUCGGACGCUCACGAGUAUGAGAUGCUGCCAGUCAGACACAAUGAAGACGGCAUCAACGGUGAAUUGGCCAAGAAACUUCCCUUGGAGGUGAACCCCCAUUCCUUUGACAGCCCCCACACCAAGACGCACCUGUUACUCCAAGCACAUUAUGAAAGGCAACCUUUACCAUGUAGCGACUACUCCACGGACCUUAAAUCCGUUCUGGAUCAAUCCAUUCGAAUCAUGCAGGCGAUGAUUGAUGUAUCAGCGGACCAGGGUUGGCUGACUACAGCUCUACGUGUCAUGAAUCUAGUUCAGAUGACGCUGCAGGGACGAUGGCUUCAUGAUAAUGCUCUACUUACACUACCUCACGUUGAGCACAGUAUCCUCUACUGCUUCAAACUUCCCUCAAGAGGAAAGAAAUCCAACCCUAUACAGAGCCUGCCGGAGCUUAUCGCAGCAUGUAGAGGCAAUAGGACUGUCUUGAACAAGAUGAUCAUACCAGAGGUCACUGCUGAUCAAUGCGAGGAGAUCUGGAAAGUGAUUCAACGGCUACCAGUUAUCAAGACGAAACUUAGUGUGAGAGGCUGGUGGGCUGAUGGAGGUGACAAAGAGGACAGGCUGCUACCAACAACUCAUAUCACUGGCCUUCCAAAAGACAAGGACUAUCUGGCAGUGCAUGCGGAUCAAGAAUACGUCCUGCAAAUUGAUCUCCAAAGACUCAAUAGACAAAAGCAGGGCGACACAAAGUGCCACGCACCGCGCUUCCCCAAGUCCAAACAUGAAGGGUGGUUCAUCGUUCUUGGUGACAUAGAAAACAAGGAGCUUCUUGCGAUGAAAAGGAUCGGGUACGUGAGUCGACGGAGCGUGGUCCAGCUAGCGUUCUAUACACCAGAAACUACAGGUCGUGUCAUUUACGCCUUGUACAUCAUGAGUGACUGCUACCUUGGUAUGGACCAGCAAUACAGCGUGUGUCUUGACGUACAGGAGGCAGACAUCAGUGCCCAGUUCAACACAGAAGUCGUCUUUGAAGACGGGGAACUAGACGGGUAUCUUGAUGAAGAACUCAACGGACUGGAUGCUAGUUGAGCAAGUCGAAUCCCCCCCCGACUCUGACUCGUAGGCCAGUGUGUAUGAAUGAUCAUGGGAACUGACUGAAUUCUUAAUCCUAAGUGUCAUGUCAUGUUAGGCAGUCUCAAAGAAGAUAUAUUUUAAAGCAAAAUUUGCUAAAUACACAAGGCUAUACAUGUACAGUAUAUAGGCUUGUACUCAAUUGCAAGCAACAUUUGUGAGUACACAUUUUCAAGCAAAAUUUGCAAGGCUAUAUUUCAAAUUUUCAAGCAAAAUUUGCAAGGCUAUAUAAUAGCCUUGAAAAAAUUUUCACUCAAAAUUUUCGAAAUUCACAAGGCUAUAUAUAAGCCUUGUAAACAUUUUCAAGCAAAAUUUUCGAAAUUCACAAGGCUA